AUGAAGUCGCUCUCUGCCGCUCUUCUGGCGCUCGCCGCUCCGGCUUACGCCGGUCUGCGGUUCCCAUGCUCGACGCUCAUCUACCAGCGGCUCGAUCCUGCGGGCCAGCCGGGCGCGUUCCCCUCGGCGCAUGUGCACCACAUUGUCGGCGGCAACGCCUUCAACGUGACGAUGACCGGCGACGUGUCCUCGCGGGCGUCGUGCACGACGUGCCAGAUGUCGGAGGACUUCUCCAACUACUGGACGGCGGUGCUCUACUUCAAGAGCCCAGACAACGGCAGCUACCACCGCGUGCCCAACAUCCCCGUGCAGCCCCUGCUGGGCGGCUCCAAUGGCGCCGAGGGCGGACUGACGGUGUACUACACGCAGUACGAUCUGUCGCGCGACAACCUCAAGCAGCAGCCCGUGACGGCGUUCCCGCCCGGGUUCCGCAUGACGGUCGGCAGCCCCGCCAGCAAGACGCGCAACCACAUCGGCCUUAGCUACCAGUGCAUGUCCGGUGGCAGCCGCGGCACCAUCACGGCCGACAUGCCGACCAAGCAGUGCUCGGGUGGCAUCUUCACGACGCACCACUUCCCGGCCUGCUGGGACGGCAAGAACCUGGACAGCCCCGACCACCAGUCGCACAUGUACAACACGGUCAACUCAGACGGAUUUACGAACGCGGCGGCCUGCCCGUCGUCGCACCCGGUGCGCGUGCCGCAGGUGACGUUCGAGACGGUCUGGGACACGAGCAAGUUCAACAGCCAGUGGAAGAGCGGCGCGCCCAACCCGUUUGUGUGGAGCUUCGAGGGCAACAGCUACGGCACGCACGCCGACUACAUGUUUGGGUGGAAGGGCGACGCGCUGCAGCGGGCGAUGAACAAGUCGGAGUGCUUCUACGACGGCUGCGGCUCGAUUAAGAAGCAGCAGAUGUCGGUGGCCAACCAGUGCAAGAUCAAGGACAUUGUCAAGGAGGACACGUUGGGCUGGCUCACGGAGCUUCCCGGCUGGGGAUCGUCGAUGUCGAUGUAA